AGACACCCCUGGCCAUGGAACUGGCAUGACAGCCAGAGUAAAUGCUGCAGGCACCGGAUUGUGCAACUUCACCAUGAAGAAGCAGCAAUCAUCACCAGCAGACAGCUCUUGCAGUGAAAAUUAACAGCAGUUCACACACAGUUAUGCCACGAUCACAAAGAGUGUAUAAAAAACUGGAUAAACUGCAUUUGAAUAAUGUAGUGAAUGGGAGACGUGAGAAACAAUGGCAAUCCAGCAAUGAGGCUAUGUCCGAAGUAAGAACAUCUGCUGAAAAUGUGAACUCGUUUCCUAGCAGCUCCAAGCGAAAAAUUGGUGAGGUAAAUGGUGCAUACUACAGUGAUGAAACUCGGUACCUUUAAUUUAGAUUAACUGAUGUUGAAUUAUUGACUGCAGCAGUGAAAUUUUCUUGUAUUUGUAAGAUGUGUGGUAGUGAUAACAUUCAGAUUAUAGAUGAUGGCACGGGAGAAGGCUUGGCAGCCAAUCUGCAUAUUGUGUGCAAAAAAUGUGAUGCUGAUAGUUCAUUCAAAACUUCUAAAUGUAAAAACUGGUACUAUGAAGCUAAUAUGAGGUUUACCUUUGGAUUGAGGUGCAUUGUAGUUGGGAGAGAAAGGGGGAAAUUUAUUGUGAGGAAUAAUGAAUAUGCCAGCACCAUGUCUGAGAUUUACACAAAUAAACUGUGUACUGGAAAACAUAAUUUCUGACAUGUGUGAGGACAGUAUGGUAACAGCUGUAGUAGAAGCUAUUGCAGACAAUGAUCCGUUAGACGAGAACGAUUCUGGUCAUGUUAGGACAGAUCUUGUUGUGUCAUGUGAUGGUACAUUCAUGAAAAGAGGGCAUAUGUCUUUAUGUGGUGUGUCAAGUGUCGUAAGUAUUGAAACAGGGAAGUUACUAGAUGUUCAAGUUAUGAGCAAAUUCUGCCAUAACUAUGCACUUAGUGGAGAAUGUGAAGAAGCUGUAAAAGGACAUAACUGCAGCAAAACAUUUUCUGGUUCUAGUGGUGGAAUGGAAGGAGCUGGUAUGCAAAUUAUUUUUAAGAGAUCUGUCAAGGAAUGUGGAGUCAGAUAUGUGGAAUAUCUGGGGGAUGGUGACUCCAAUGUAUUCAAGUCUGUGAAUGAGAGAAAACUUUAUGGAGAACUUUCAAUUGAGAAACUUGAAUGCAUAGGUCACAUCCAGAAGAGAAUGGGUUCAAGAUUGAGGAAACUUGUCAGUGACAUGAAAGGCUAAAAGUUGGAAGAUGGAAAGGGCAUUGGUGGACACAACAGACUCACAAAGAAGAUGAUAGACUCUCUUCAAGAGUAUUAUGGCAAGGCUAUCAGACAGAAUCUUUCCAAUGUAAAUGACAUGAAAAGUGCAGUAUGGGCUACAUAUUCCACAUGUUGUCAACAGAUGAACACCCUAUUCAUAAUCUGUGCCACAUUAGCUGGUGUAAAUAUCUACAAGCUCAGAGGGAUAACAACCCCUACACUCACAAGGAGAGGCUUCCAAAUCGUUACCUUGGAUCUUGUCAAGUCCACUUACAGGUUUCUGGCUGCUCCUGCACUUUUCAAAAAGUGUGUUCAUGGCAAAACCCAAAACCCAAAUGUGUCUCAAAAUUCACUCAUACGGAAAAGAUGCCCUAAAAACACAUUUGCAUCUGUUACAGUUGUCAGAAUUGCAACUUAUGUUGCAGUUAUUAUAUUUAAUUAUGGGAAUGUCAGGAGGAUGAAGGUAUUAGAAAGAAUGGGCUUCA